GCUCGCCGCGCCACUGCCACUGUCUUUCUGUUCGUGCAGCCUUCAAGAUGGCGCGUCAGAAAGACAAGAAGCCCAAGAGGUCAACCUGGAAAUUUAAUUUGGACCUUACUCAUCCAGUAGAAGAUGGAAUUUUUGAUUCUGGAAAUUUUGAACAGUUUCUACGGGAGAAGGUUAAAGUCAAUGGAAAAACUGGAAAUCUUGGGAAUGUUGUUCACAUUGAACGCUUCAAAAAUAAAAUCACAGUUGUUUCUGAGAAACAGUUCUCUAAAAGGUACUUGAAAUACCUUACCAAGAAAUACCUUAAGAAGAACAAUCUUCGUGAUUGGCUUCGAGUGGUUGCAUCUGAUAAGGAGACUUACGAACUUCGUUACUUCCAGAUUAAUCAAGAUGAAGACGGAUCAGAAUCUGAGGACUAGGUGAUGCUUUUUCUUAUAGGGCUUUGCUUGCUGAUAACACAAAUGAAGCUUACACAAGAAAGAAACAUCUAAAAGUGGGGUUUCGGUUUAUCAGUGAAUAAAAUCAUCGCACUCAAA